GAGGAGCUGCAAGCAGGGCGGUACCGGGUGGGGCGUCAGUGACGGCAGCGCCCCGGAAUGCGGCAGGGAGGGUCCCCCGCCCAGCUGCGCCACACACGAGUGAUGGGGCCCAGUGGGGAGCCCAGGCUGAGGAGCCUGGUUGGGGGUGACGGGGACUGGAUUGGGGAGCCUGGGCUCGAGGUGAUGAGACGGGGAGGGUUCUCGGGAUUCAGGGGUCCACUCACUCCCGGCGCCCCCGAGCCCGGGCUCUGCGCAUUCCCGGGCCCUGAGCGCCUCGCCCAGAAUAGCAGCUUGGAGCCUCCCCCAGUUGCACCGCCCAAGGUCGAGGCCCCGCGGACACCGGGACACCCGGGACAGAACCGCGGCUCUGUGGCUAGUCCCCUGCCGCAGCUCCGCGCUCAACUCCUGCGCGCUCUGCGUCCGCGCGAGGGCGCCCCGGGUCUACGCCCUUGGUGACCCCGGGCUGGGUGCGCCCUGGAGGGAGGGACAGACCGAGUUCCCAGACCCGCACCUCCGGCCCCACCACUUCCGCUCGUGAGGGUCCAGAGCGCCUUGCCUUGGGCUCUGCACAGCGGGCUCGUUCAGCCAGGCGGGGAUCACGAGGAGCGUGUGGGAGGCAAAUGCCUUCAUCCGGUCUCUGCACACAGGGAAACUGAGGCCCUGACGUCAGCCUCACCCUGUCAUUUUCCUCUGAAGUCCUCCCCUCCCAGGAGAUCAAACCAUGGGGCCCGCACUGGAAGGAAGCCAGUUCCUGACUCCGACACCCCACUGGCUGCCCCCUCUUCAGGGUCUCAGACUCACCGACUGAGCCCAGCUGGCUCCCACUGCACAGAUGGAGAAACUGAGGCUUGGGGGAAGCGGAGAAGCUGGAAAGGUGCAUGAAAGGGCUGGACCCUGGCAGCCCGCUACGCACCCUGUACUUGGAUGAUUCCUUCAAUCAUCUAGCAUUGACUAAGCGUCUCCUAGACCCAGGUGCACAGAGAAGUCCAGCUACCGUCAAAGACCACACAGCCCGCCAAGCCUGCGAUGGCCACGCGCGCCCAUCCAGUUGACCCCCACCUCUGCUCCCGCAGACCCCGCGGCGCCCAGAACCUUCGGUUCUCGCUGUGGAUCCUGGUGAGCUGUGUUUUAGGUGGCGCUGCUCAGGGUCCCGGGGAGUGGGCGUCCUGGGGGUCCUGGAGUCGCUGUUCUAGCUCCUGUGGGCGGGGUGUCGCCGUGCGCAGCCGCCGUUGCGUCCGGCUACCGGGAGAAGAUCCUUGCUGGGGCGACAGCCACGAAUACCGCGUGUGUAGGCUGCAGGACUGCCCACCAGGGGCUGCAUCCUUCCGAGAUCUACAGUGCGCUCUCUACAAUGGACAUCCGGUCCUGGGCACCCAGAAAACCUACCAGUGGGUGCCCUUCCACGGGGCACCCAACCUGUGUGACCUCAACUGCCUAGCAGAGGGCCACGCCUUCUACCACAGCUUCGGGCGGGUCCUGGACGGCACCCCCUGCAGCCCGGGAACCCAGGAUCUCUGCGUGGCAGGCCGGUGCUUGGCCCGGAGCCUUGAAGCCCUGUCCCCGCAGAGCGCCGGCUGUGACGGGCUGCUGGGCUCCGGCACCCUCGAGGACCGCUGUGGCCAAUGUGGCGGCGCCAACGACUCGUGUCUGUUCGUGCAGCGCGUGUUCCGCGACGCCGGUGCGUUCUCCGGCUACUGGAACGUGACCCUGAUCCCCGAGGGCGCCAGGCACAUCCGCGUGGCCCACCACAGCCAGAACCACCUGGCUCUGCAGCGCAUCGAUGGGCGCUAUGUGCUGAACGGGGACGCAGAGCUGAGCGCUCCCGGCACCUAUGAGGCCGCCGGCACCCAGCUGGUCUACACCCGCCAGGGCCGCCAGGAGACGCUGCGGGCGGUCGGGCCCACCUCACAGGGGCUGCUGCUGCAGGUGCUCCUGCUCGAGCCCAACCCGGGGGUGCACUUUGAAUUUUGGCUCCCCCGGGAGCGCUACGGCCCCUUCCAGGCGCAUGCGCAGGCCCUGGGUUGGCUUCCCAGACCACGACAGCCGCAGCCCCGAGAAGUGGAGCCUCAGCCUGCGGAGACCCCCUUGGUCCCCGUAGCCAUCCCUGCCCAGGCUCCCACCCUGGCCCCAGACUCCUGCCCACCAUGCCCAGACACCCGUGGCCGUGCACACCGGCUCCUCCACUACUGUAGCAGCGACUUCGUGUUCCAGGCCCGGGUGCUAGACCGCCACCGCCAGGCCCAGGAGACCCGUUAUGAGGUCCGUGUCUUGCUCAUCUACAAAAACCGCUCACCGCUUCGGACUCGAGAGUAUGUGUGGGCACCUGGCCACUGUCCCUGCCCACCGAUGGCUCCCCACCGAGAGUAUCUGCUCGCUGCCAGGCGACACGUGAGCCGUGAUGGUACACAAGACCGGCUACUGCUGCCCCACGCUGGCUACACCCGGCCCUGGACUCCUGCUGAGGACAGCCGAAUCCGGCUAGCUGCCCGGCGCUGUCCAGUCUAAACCUCUGGAGGAUACUGACCAGGCUCCAUCUCAAAGUAUUUCCCUCUUCCUCUGGCUUCCAGGAAGCUCAGGAAUGAAUGAAUAGCUCAGACCUGCAGCCAUGGCAACCAGGAAACUCAUACAAUCUUUUAUUUUAUUUUAUUUUAUUUUAUUUUAUUUUAUUUUAUUUUAUUUUAUUUUAUUGAGACAAGGUCUCAGUACCCUGGCUGGCCUGGAACUCCAUAUGUAGACCAGGCUGGUCUCAAUCUCAGAGAUCCUGCCUGCCUCUGCCCCUACCAUGUGGGUCAAAGGUGUGUGCCACCAUGCCCACCUAGCUGUCUAUCCAUUUUUUGAAAGUCCUAUUCAGUUCAUUUUACAAUAACUUGAAAAAGAAGAGGACCACCCCUCCCAUCCCCAUUUCAUUCAGGCAUAGAUAGAGACUCAGGGUUACCCUGGUGGAGUGGCAGCCUCAGAGAUCCCCUCCAUUCCCACCUCCUAAUCUAGGCCUACCUCCCACCAGGGGGAUGGACCCUGUGUGGGACCAGGACAGGAAGUAUGUGAGGUUGACAGGCAGGUAGGAGAACCAAUGGGCCUUCUGACCUCAGGCUCCUGCCUAUGCUACAAAUUCAUCUCAGGCUUUGCACAUCAAAAGUGUCUGCAGAGGGGCCAUAUAGUCACUCAACAAACCCUCACCAGUGGGGUGUCCCUUCUGCUUCCUGUCCUUGCCACAGUGGUCUGUCAUUGGGUAUCAUCUAUGGCUGGGAACUGGAAGCCAGUGGUCUGCAGCUGCAACCUCCAGACCCCUCUGCUCAGUCUUGAAUUCCUACAGUGAGUAUUUAUUGAGCACCUACUGUAGGCCACGGACCCAGCAAAUCCUAGAGUGGCGUAGGACCUGGUUGUGUAUGAGUAGGUGGUCACUUUUGUCCCAUGGGACCUCCUUUAGUGGUCUUUUAUGACAUAGGGUGCAGAGAGAGCUCAAAAAAAUUACCCCCAAACCUUCCACACAAAGUGCAGCCAGUUUCUAAAGGUCCCCCCCUCCCCGUGGCUGGAGCCAGGAUAAGUGGCUUCCCUGGCUAGGCAGGGCCAUGGGGACACUACACCCACCAAAAGUGACACCAGGAGAGUGGGGCUCAGGGUCAGCUGAGGCCAGGACCCUGUGCCACGGGAUGGCAGUGAGGAAGGUACCCUGAGGAGGGGAGAGGUGGCCAACUGUACCAGGGUGAGGCUAUUGGGCUGCCUCGAAGCUGGGAGCUUGCAGCUGUUACGUGGGCAAGAGGCCUGGGGGUUCCCCUAAGCAGUGGCCACCUGGCAAUGCAGAGAUGCCUAGCCCGGCCUGGCAGCAUUAUUUCCGGUGCCUGACACACAACCAUUGCCCUAUUACUAGGAACACUACUCAUCUCAAACUUGGCUCUUUGCUCUAAAGCAAAUAAUAGAGAGAAAUUUUAAAUUAUUUUAUGUGUAUGAGUGUUUUGUCUGCAUGGAUGUAAGUGCACCCGCGUUGUGCAGUGGUCCUGGAAGUCGAAAGUAGAGCCAGGUAUAGGUGUAGUGGCACAUGGCUUUAACACCAGCACUUGGGAUGCAGGGGCAGGCAGAUCUCUGUGAGAUCGAGGCCAGCCUGGUCUACAUAGGGAGAUUGUAUCUCAAAAUAAAGAAGGUGGAGGGCCAUCAAGGUUUCAUGGA